AUGCCGCAAGAAUGGACGUCGUUAGUGGUGGCGUCGGAGCUCGUGGCGGCGCUAUGCACGUCAUUGUGGCUGGCAACAAAGCGCUCUGGACGCGCUGAUCGCCGCCCUCUCUUCAGCGGACCCGUUGCGCUUCUGCAUCCUCGCGGUUGCUGGUCGCUACGCACUUUACUAGCGUUCAGGGCGAGCGCCGCGACUUUUUUCCUCCUGGUUCAACUCUGGGACGUGUGGCGAUCGCGAGGCCGUUGUUUGGCCUUUUACACGUCGUGGAAUUUUAUCCUGCAGGGUGUAUACUUCUUUAGGGCUGCGAGAUCUACGAGACGUCGAUUGCAGCGCCAACGGGACGAGAGAGUGGCAAGUUACGAGGCGUUGAUCGAUGGAGACGACGGUGGCGCUGAUAGCGUCUUUACUGAUCGCAGACGAAUGACCCGAGACAGCGGGCAAGAGUGGAUUGACCUCGAGCUAAUACUGGACGUGUGUCUUGCUGCCUCGCUACUCAUCUGCACCGUCGUGUGGACGGUGUUGUACCCAUACGCACGCAAGGCCGGACACCCGGAGAUGAUCCUGAACGGAGUGAGCUACUGCCAGCAUGGCGCCAACGUGCUAUUGCUGCAAAUUGAUUUUUUCGCUACAAAGCACUUUGUCUCAAAGGAUGCUUUGCCGCUGGUCAUGGGCUGGCCUUCAGUGUAUGCCGUCUUUGCCUGGAUUGUCCAUGGAACAGUAGCAAAAGGAUUCUGGCCGUACCCGUUCCUUGAGCUAAACACCCCAUGGGCUCCGUUUUGGUAUGGAGGAUUAUUGGCUGCCCAUAUCGUGGCGUUAAUGCUGGUCAUGCUGCUGUCGAAGGUGAAGCACAAGGAGCAGCAGCAGGUGGAGACGGUAGCAGACGAAGUCAGAGCUUGA